CUGCAGACUUGCUGAAAACUCAGGUUGGUCUGGAGAAAAGGGGUGUGUGAAAAGCAAAAGAAAAAAAACCUCAGUGUGUGUGUGUGUGUGUGUGUGUGUGUGUGUGUGUGUGUGUGUGUGUGUGACAAUUUAAGUGAGUGGAAAGAGACAAGGGACGACGUCUUAUCUGAAGAGAACACUCAAGGCAAAGAGAGCUAUAUCUGCUGUUUGACAUAAUUCUAGCUCAAUACAGACUUAAGAAAGACCACUGGAGCUUCAUCAAAAGCUAUACCUGGAAAGAAACAUACUUAUAUAUCAUAUUGUAGGUGGAAGAAUAAGAAUAGCAAUAAUGUCCACCGGUUCACUGAGUGACGCCGACGAUGCACCGGAAACAUCAUUUGCACGCCUUGAUUCUCACUCUGAAGAUGACUUUAAUCGUGAUGAAGGACUCAACAUCAAACCCAAACGAGCUAACAUGCAAAAGCGAGCAAAAAGCCCAAAAGAUGGACGACAGUCACAGCGGCAUGCGGCAAACGCACGUGAAAGAGCGAGGAUGAGAGUCCUAGCAAAAGCGUUCUCUCGUCUGAAGACAAGUUUACCGUGGGUUCCGGCAGACACCAAACUGUCCAAACUGGACACACUGAGACUCGCCUCGAGCUACAUCAAUCAUCUCAGACAGCUGCUGCAUGAGGACAAAUAUGAAAAGACCCUCGUCCAUCCGGUAAAUUUGUCAUGGCCUUUCGUGGUUUCAGGAAGACCAGAUGACACAAAAGACAUUUCAACUUUCAGACUGUGUGGAGCUACAGCCUAGACCUUCAUCACUCUAACUGAUUUUUUCCCCCUUCUCGAUUUCAAAUACAUCGUCUUUUUAUUGAAAUGACAGUAUUUCUCUUUCCUGUUACUCUUUCUUUGCCAUGUCUCGUUCGUUAUUCCCAUUUUUUCUUUCCCUUUUCACCCUUUUUUCCCAUCUCCCUUUUUUUUUUUUUUUUUGCUUUAAUUUCCCCUCAGCCACAUGCUUGUCUUCAGUAUUUCACUUAAAUUUUUUUGAUUUUACAGUUAAAAAAAAAAAAAACUUUUAUUUUUAAUAAUGGCAUAUUCUUCUGAGGGUCGGUUAAAAAAAAAAACAAAACAACAAAACAAUUUGUGUACAAAUGACGAACAUUUUUACAUUUUUUUUUCGUACUUCCUAAUAACAUCCAGGAAAUACAUCUUCGUAUCUUUUAAAUUUCUUUAUCGCUGUGUCUUCCUCAUUCUUACUCUUAUCUUCAAAUCUUCGAGUGCUGAAACUGCCUGUGAGCUAAGAUUUCUUUUUUGUAAUUUUUUAAUUUUUUUUUAAUGGAAUGUAUAUGUUAGUGUUUUUUUUUUUUCUCUCAUUUAAAAAAAAAAAAAUAUCCCAUGAGCUCAAUUUUGGGUGGCAUUUAGAGUGUGUUACAGGGUCAAUCAGUAUCAAUUCAUCACUACACAUCGGAGGCUUUAUAUUUUGUUUUUAUUUUGUGAACACGGUUUUAUGUCACUGUGUUAAAUGAAAUGUCUAGUCUUUUUUUUUUUUUUUUUUUUUUGUGUGUGUGUGUGUGAAAUGCUUGCAUUGUGUCCAUUUAAUAUGCAUGAUUUUUUUCAGUGUUUAUUUAUAUUUUCAAAAGGUUUGAUAUGUUGGAAAUGCUGUUAAUCACAUUGGACUCUAUUUUUCUAAUAAAGCAAAUGACAAUCUUUAACUGUACUAUUAUUAUUUGAUGUUAUUCAUAGUCUAAACAUGUGCCAUAUGAUGUACGAUCA